AUGGCCGAACACGACGUUGAUCUCGAUUCUAUCAUUGACCGCCUCCUCGAGGUGCGCGGCAGUCGACCUGGCAAACAGGUUCAACUACUGGAAGCCGAAAUCAGGUACCUAUGCACUAAGGCGAGAGAGAUCUUCAUUAGCCAGCCAAUCCUCCUUGAGCUAGAGGCUCCUAUUAAGAUUUGCGGUGAUAUUCACGGCCAGUACUAUGAUCUGCUACGGCUAUUUGAGUACGGCGGUUUCCCGCCGGAAGCGAACUACCUCUUUCUUGGUGAUUAUGUCGACCGUGGCAAGCAAUCGCUUGAAACUAUCUGCCUCCUGCUUGCAUACAAGAUUAAGUACCCUGAGAAUUUCUUCAUUUUGAGGGGUAACCAUGAAUGUGCGUCUAUCAACCGUAUCUACGGAUUUUAUGACGAAUGCAAACGUCGGUACAAUAUCAAGCUGUGGAAAACUUUUACCGACUGCUUCAACUGCUUACCCAUUGCUGCUAUUAUUGACGAGAAAAUCUUUACUAUGCAUGGUGGUUUGAGUCCCGACUUAAAUUCGAUGGAGCAGAUUCGUCGGGUCAUGCGACCAACAGAUAUUCCCGAUUGUGGUCUGUUGUGCGAUCUCUUGUGGUCUGACCCCGACAAAGACAUCACUGGGUGGAGCGAGAACGAUCGCGGGGUAUCCUUUACGUUUGGCCCCGAUGUGGUUUCCCGUUUCCUACAGAAGCAUGACAUGGAUUUGAUUUGCCGUGCCCACCAGGUUGUUGAGGAUGGCUAUGAAUUCUUCUCGAAGCGUCAGCUAGUUACUCUUUUCAGCGCGCCGAACUAUUGUGGAGAAUUUGAUAAUGCCGGAGCUAUGAUGAGCGUCGACGAAAGUCUUCUUUGCUCUUUCCAGAUUCUCAAGCCCGCUGAGAAGAAACAAAAGUACGUUCAUGGUAGCCUCGGAGGCAGCAAUUUCGCAACUCCAAGAAAGCAGUUCAAGUCCUAA